CCAGCCUACUGUCGUAAAUAAUCACGUGGAGACAUGGUCAGCUGUGCGUUUUUACACUUUUAGUGUUUUUGAUCCGUUGUUGACAAACUGCUGACAAACAGGAAAUGCUCAGCUGACGGCUCGGUUCGGUUCAGCUCUGUGUGUGUGUGUUUACAUGUGUGUGUGUGUGUUUUGACGUGUGUGUGUUUAAGUGUGUGUGUGCUCACAGUGUGCAGCCUGCAUCAUGUUCGUGUUGGUGGAGAUGGUCGACACUGUCCGGAUCCCUCCGUGGAACUUUCAGAGACAACUCAACGAGGCCAUAGCCGAGGAGCUGAACAAGAAGCUGGCCAACAAGGUGGUCUACAACGUUGGCCUGUGCAUCUGCUUGUACGACAUCACUAAACUGGAGGAUUCCUACAUAUUCCCAGGAGACGGAGCCUCACACACCAAAGUUCAUUUCAGGUACGUUGUAUUUCACCCUUUUCUCGACGAGAUCAUGCUCGGCAAGAUCAAGUACUGCAGCCAAGAGGGAGUUCACGUGACGAUGGGCUUCUUUGAUGACAUUCUCAUCCCACCGGAGUCACUUCAACAGCCUGCAAAAUUUGAUGAAGCAGAGCAAGUUUGGCUGUGGGAAUAUGAGACUGACGAGGGGGCUCAUGACCUCUACAUGGAUCAAGGGGAGGAGAUUCGAUUUCGGGUGACAGAUGAAGUGUUUGUGGACACGUCGCCAACGGGCCCAGCCACCGCAGCGACAGACGCACAGGCACAGCCGGGACAGUCGGCGGCGCCGCCAGCAGAGGACACCGGAGAGAAGAAGGAGGCACCGUACACUCUGAUUGGGACCAUCUGUGAGCCGGGGCUGGGGCUGCUGUCAUGGUGGAACAAUUAGCACUGCAGUGGACGAAAAGGAUAUGAACAGAUCAAUGACUGACCGGACAGAUGAGGGACAGUCUGCUGGAGACCUUGAACCCUGUUGUUUGGGAAGUCAGGACACAAAGCCGAGCUGCUGUCUGAACCAAGAUACUGUUUGUGUGAAGUGACCUCUGUCACACAGAGACUGGUUGUGUUGUAAAUGCUGCCCUUAAAGGACCCGGACAAUAUUUUCCACAUGUUUUUGUGCCGUGUACGGGGGCAACCGUUUUUGAAGCUAGUCCAGUAUUGAGCAAGAGUGCGCUGCAGCUGCUGCCAUGAAACAGGCUGCAAUGUAUAAUCCUUCAAGGCAAUUGCACACCAUCAAUUUACAUCCUCCUAAAAGUGCUUGUUUUUGCCACUGGCAGGCUCAGAUUGUUAUUAUAAGUCCCCUACAGAGAUAGAUGUUCAUUUAACCAGAAACCAGACAUUUUGUUGCUCUGUUGAAAAAGAACAGUAUCUUAUGAUAGUUUUUGAUAACACAAAUGUCUUUCUCUGUACUCUCCAUAAUGUUAUCACACACAAUCUGACCCUCUCUGUGACAAAAACUAACUUUUAGUGGACGUACAAUGCUGGUGUGCAGUUGUCCUGAAGGAUUACACUGAUGCCUGUUUAGCUGUGGCAGUCAAUACUAGAUCGAUUUGAAAGAUUUCAGUCUCCGUUAGUCACAAAAGGGUUGAAAAACACCAAAGUUUCCCUUUAAGAUGCCAGCUCUGUGGUUACACGUAGAAUUUAUAUUAAAUAACUGAGUGACUGAUGGACAUGUGUGUCAUCAUUUGGUAUAUUUCACAAGAUUUUAACUCCCAAUUAAAAAAAAAACAAAGUCAUUAUUUGAAUCAUAAUGUCAUCACGGCUUUAUUAAGGUCAGUCAGACACAAACAUCUCACGAGGAUCUGAUUGAAUGACUCAGUCUGGGUUAUUGGUAUUACAGAAAUAAGCAAAAAAAAAAAUUCUAAUACAUCAAGAUCCAAACAAGGGUAGUAUUAUUUGGUAUAUUAAUUUAAUAUAAAAAAACCCAAACACUUUUAUUUGAAAUUUUACUUCUAUCCCAGGUGUUUUUGCACACGUCCUCAGUUCAUUUAACAGCCUUGUAAUAUUUUGUACUCCUGUUUUGUCUCACAGUAAAAGGACGUAUCAUCAGCACGA